GGAUUCAGCAUCAGACCAAGAGAAACCAUUGUGGUCUGACCCCCAGUACAGCGCAUGCUGGAGAGCUGCCCCCAGACACACACCUCCCCCCCAGCAGAUCUGCUAGGCAGACCUCCCAACUGGAUUUAAAAUGGCCAGAGACUCUGGCACAGCCUUUGGUCUCGUUAUCGCACACAUCCUGCAAGUCCCAGUCUUGUGGCAGCGGCUCCCACUCCUCAUCUUCCUCCUCCUCUUCCUCCUCCUCCUCAUGCCACGGGAACUCGGGGGACUGGGAUCCCAGCUCCUUCCUGUCUGCUCACAAACUGUCGGGCCUCUGGAAUUCCCAGCAUGCCAACGGAGCCACACAGGGCAGCCCCUUAGGGGGGCCCCCUGCUGCACUAGGUGACAAGCACCCCAGCCUCCCGCUGGCUCCAGAGUGCAUCGGCCAGGCUCCUGCUGUGGCGCCCGGGCUCAAGGUCUGUCCCUACAGCCAUGCCGUCCCCCCAGCUUCCAGCGGGGCUGCCCCCGGUUCACCUCUGCCUACCUCACUUGACUUCUGUAAGACGCUUCCCAAGCAGUUCAAGAGCAUGUGCCGCAGGCCCACCCCACCAGGUGAGGCCUUCCACUCCUUGGACCAUCACCGGCACCCAGACCUCGCCGCUCCUCCCAACAGCCCCACGGGGCUCCCCUCCCAGCCGCCGGCGCUGAUCUCCACCAAGCAGUCACCUGCCCACCCGAACACCUCACCGCAGGCAGCGCUGGCCCCUGCACCCAGCCCCCACACAGUCGCUGCCGAGUCCCCUUCUGCUGGCACCCUCUCGCACGGCCAGGCCUCCUGCAAGAGCCCUCACCUGCCCCCCACCAACGUGCCGCUUCUGAAGAUGCCACCUCCGCUUUCAGGCUGUGCCCACCCCUGCAAUGGGCACUGCAGCGGCUCCCUGGUGCCACCAGCUGCCCCGCACCAGCUGCCCAGCACUAAUAGGGACCCCGUGUGCAAAGGACACAAGUUCCCCAAUGGUACCAGCUGUCACCCGCCACAGUCAUGCGAGGUGGACGAGGGGCUCGGGGAGGAUGAGGACAGCAGCUCCGAGCGCAGCUCCUGCACCUCCUCCUCCACCAAUCAGAAAGAUGGGAAAUUCUGUGACUGCUGCUACUGUGAGUUCUUCGGCCACAAUGCGCCCCCUGCGGCCCCCACGAGCCGGAACUAUGCCGAGAUUCGGGAGAAGCUGCGCUCCCGUCUCACCAAGAGGAAGGAGGAGCUGCCGCAGAAGCUGGGCCACAGCAGCAGCUCGGGGGAGCCGGCCGUGGAUCACCGGGACGUGGACGAGCUCCUGGACUACAUCAACAGCUCGGAGCCCAAGCCCCUGAACACCGCCAAGGCCGCCAAGCGGGCCCGGCACAAGCAGAAGAAGAAGGAGAAGGAGAAAGCCCAGCUGGAGGCGGAGGCCCAGAAGCGGGUGGCGCGCGGCCCUCUGGCUGGCCAGGACAGGGAGCUGAUGGAGGAGAAGUUCCGGGAGUGGCCCCAGCUGGAGCUGGAGCGGGUGAACAGCUUCCUCAGCAGCCGGCUGCAGGAGAUCAAGAACACCAUUAAGGACUCCAUCCGUGCCAGCUUCAGCGUCUAUGACCUCAACCUGGACGUUGCUGACUUCCCCAAGAAGGCGGCCGUGCUGGAGCAGAAAACUCUGCUGUCCCACCUCAACGGCUCCUCGGGCCUGCAGGAGAUCGACCUGGAUCUCUCCCCUCUGAGCCUGGGCUCCCCCAAGAACCACAUGCUGCUGCGGAGCGAACUGGGCCCCCGCUGGGGAGAGGGCCCUGAGGAGGGGCCACUGCAGGCUGAGAACGGGGUGGUGAAGCGCCUGAGCGCGGUUCCCAACCUCUCCCGGAUGAUCUGGGUCCAGUCCCCGCAGCCGACAGACUGUGCCCAGGAGAGCGGCGGGCCCGGCUUGGACUGCAAGGAGGUGGCACCGGCCAAGGGUCCUGAGCAGCAGGAGCAGGCACCGGUGGGGGGCAGGCAGAGGAAGAACAAGCGACAGAGCUGCCAGGCGAAGAAGGGAGACUGCACCGCAGUGCCCAGCGCCCAGGCUGGGCUGGAGAGUCCCAGCUCGAAGGGGCUGGUGCUGGGAGCCAAGCACCCUUCGAAGCCUGGAGGAGUGCCUUCGCUGCAGAGGGCGAGUGGCUGUGUGGAGCCACUGGAGAGCGCCAAGGGGCAGGGCUGGGGCUGUGGUGGUUCCAGGCCAGAGAAGGAGAGGAGCAGCGAAUGGAAAGGCCGGAGGGGCGAGGGCAAAGCAGAGCAACCGGAGCUGAUGCAGCCACCUCCCCCUGCCGCUGGGGACUGGCAGCCCCCCCACCCCGCCACUCUGGGCAGCUCCCCCCAGCCCAAGGGCAAGAGCAGGAAGAGCAGGAGCAGGAUGGAGAAAUCCAACACGUCCAUCGAUGACGUGUUCCUGCCCAAAGACGUGGAUGGAGUAGAGAUGGACGAGACGGACCGAGAAGUAGAGUACUUCAAGAGGUUCUGUCUGGACUCUGCUAAGCAAACUCGGCAGAAAGUGGCCGUGAACUGGACCAACUUCACCCUGAAGAAAACCACUUCGAGUGCAGCUCAGUGAGGUGUGGGGGGAGCCCCAAUGCGUGCGAGGGGCCCUGUGCCUACCCCCCCAGCACCCACAGACACUUGCCUCACUGUGCUCCUCCCCCUGCUGGAGGGCCCCUUUUGUUUUCUCUGUGGGUUCCUCUUCCUGUGAAUGUGGAACCCCUUCCCCCCUGGCCUGUCAGACCUGCACCUCCCCAGCCAGUCACAGCUCUCGGGGGCGGGGGACUCCCCAGCUUAGGCAGCCCCCCGCCCCUCCAGUCCCUCUAGGGGAUUUUCUCUUCUCCCAGCACUCCGUUGGUGAUGUGCAGGAAGCCUGCCAGCACCAGUGGGCAGCCCCCCAUGCCAGCCUGGCACACAGCUGGGGGAAAGGACCAUGCUGGACCUAAUAAAGAACUUUUUAAUUUUU